CCCCCAGCGGAGUCUCGCGAGGACAGCUUAAUUCGUCGUGAGAAAAGAAAGGAUUAGCAAAUGGAGAUGGCUGUCAUGGUCGCUAUUUGAACGCUGAAAGGUGCAGCGCAGAAAUCCGGCCAUGUCUGAAUCUCUGUACGAGAAGUUUCUGGCCCCAGAGGAGCCCUUCCCUCUCCUCUCCCAAAGAGCCAACCUCAGCGAUGUGGGAACGCUGGACGUCAGCGAGUUCAGCUGUCAGCUCUCGUCUUGUCACAGAACAGACCCUCUGCACCGUUUCCACAGCAACAGGUGGAACCUCACUUCCUGUGGGACCAGCGUAGCCAGCUCAGAGUGCAGCGAGGAGCUCUUCUCCUCUGUGUCGGUCGGCGAUCAGGACGACUGCUACUCCCUGCUGGACGACCAGGAACUGACGUCCCUGGAUCUGUUUCCGGAGGGCAGCGUCUGCAGCGACGUCUCGUCCUCCAUCAGCACAUACUGGGACUGGUCCGACAGCGAAUUUGAGUGGCAGUUGCCGGGAAGCGACUUUGCCAGCGGCAGCGACGUCCUGUCCGACAUAAUCCCAAGCGUGCCGAGUUCACCGUGUCUGUUCUCCAAGAGGAAACCGAAAUCACACACCCACCGCAACCUGGACGAGCUGCCCUGGAGCGCCAUGACCAACGAUGAGCAAGUGGAGUACAUAGAGUAUUUGAGUCGGAAGGUGAGCACAGAGAUGGGCCUGAGGGAGCAGCUGGACAUCAUCAAGAUCAUCGACCCGUGCGCUCAGAUCUCUCCCACCGACAGCGAGUUCAUCAUCGAGCUCAACUGCCUCACCGACGAGAAGCUCAAACAGGUGCGGAGCUACAUCAGGGAGCACAGCCCCCGGCUGAGAGCCAGCAGCACCAGGGAGGGCUGGAAGAGGAGCAGCCACAGCAGCGCCAGCACCGGGGGGGUGAGCGGCGUCAGCAGCAGCAACGCCAGCAUGGUCAGCUCCGCCAGCUCCUCCACGGGCUCCACGGCCUCCAACUCUAUGGCCGGUGGCACCGCCUCAGCCUGCAGCGGGAGCAACAUCAGCAGAGCUCACAGCGACGGAAACCUGUCGAGCGCCGCCGAACGCAUCCGAGACUCUAAAAAGCGAUCAAAGCAGCGGAAGCUUCAGCAGAAAGCGCUCCGCAAGCGUCAGCUGAAGGAGCAGCGGCAGGCGCGUAAGGAGCACCUGAGCGGCCUCUUCCUGAACGAGGAGGUGCUGUCGCUACGGGUGACGGAGGAGGACGACCACGGAGACGACCUGGACAUACUGAUGUGACACCAGUGAACCAAUCAGUGCUCCCUCUAGGCCUGCAAGCUUUCAGCCUAACCCGACGCGUUUCGUGCGCUUGGCAGUGUUUCGCUUCCAGUGGUCUACGACUUUAGCUCGACGUGCUAGUGCUUCUACUGCAACGCUGUAAUGACGCUGCUGACGCUUUGAGAAAAUACCGAUCACGGUUUAGCCUGCUUAGCACCACAGGCUAGCUGACACACAGCUAGCAACAAGAGGACUGCUGCUUAGAAAAGCAUUUAUCAGCUGAUCCUACUAGAACCUCGACAGACAGGAGGGCAGAUCAGGAAUCACUGUUUUGUUUUGUUCUUUUCUACAAAAUGCUCCAUAAAAACAUUUCUAUUAUUUUUCUUUUCUUCAACAUAUUUGAAGUUGCAGUAUGUAACUUUUUAAAUGGUUUUUACAUAUUUGUUAAAACUGUCUGUGACGUGACAGUGUGGUACGAGACGGAUAAUGUGUGAAAAAAAUCAAGGUCCGCCCACCAUCUGCAAAAAAACAACCAAUCAGGAGCCGGAGGAGGGUCUUAUUGCUGUCAAUCAUGCCUGUGUAUCCACUUGCUGAAUGUGCUAAGGGCGGAAACUUUUUUCUUUAAACAAUAGACUUCAUAACAUAAAAAACAUUCAAAUGUAAUGGCAACGACCAUUUUACAUUUAACUUUUUUAUUUUUAGAUAAUAUAUCUUAAAUAUUCCCCACUGACUAAUAAUACACUUAGCAAAAGUAUAAACAAUUGGGCUAAUUACUUUUAACAAAAGAGUAUGCAAGUAAAUGAACAGGAAAAAAGACGAACUAAAAAACAGUAAAAUUAAGAAUUAAAAGCAAACGAAAAUAGAACAUGGGGUUUAUGGUGGAGAAACAACUUACUAUUAGAGAAAAAUCAAUUAUCUGCUGUCAUUGGUGGCCAUGCUAACUAGCAUCAGCAAUAGCAAACUGAGCAACCCCAGUAAAACUAAGUUAAAAUCAAAAAGAAAAGUAAAACUUGGGGCUAACAGCAGAGAAAUGACGCACCGUGACAGGAAAACAGUUUAUCCACCUUCAUUAAUGCCCAUGCAAACUAUUGUUACCAUUAGCAAAAACAAAACAGUAAAAGUGUGAAAAUCAAAAAUAAAAAUAGUGUGUGGAGCUUAUAGCAGAGAAACAACUUAUCGUUACAGGAAAACCAUUUAUCUGCUGUCAUCGAUGACCAUGCUAACUAAUGAUAGCAUUCAUGACAGAGUGCAAGGGGGAACUGUAAGCAGUACAGGAUUGAUUGACAGCACUAAGACCCUCCUCCUGGUCCUGAUUGGCUGUUUCUAAGUGGUGUAUUUCUGCAGUGAGUACUGGGGAAAAAGGCAGAAGAGUUCUUUUUUUUUCACAGGUUAUGCGUCUCAUACUGUCACGACAUACUAACAUACUUACAUGUUUUAUCAAACAUGUACAAAUAUUUUUAUAAAGGUUCCACACUUGCAGCUUUAAAUGACGUCUUUAAACGACAUGCUUGGGUUGCAGCAGCAAACGAUAAAUUUCUGCACCACGUUUUGUGACAUGAACCCAGACUGCAGUCAGUCUGGGUUCAACUUACUGUACAUGUGGGCGGUCUCUGUUUUUUUUAUUUCCAUUUUGUUCAGCCUUCAUUCUGUCAGAGUUGAAAACAAACGGUUCUUCAUUCUAGAGGUUUCAAAUGAAGUGAGCUGGUCUGUCUUUCUCUCCGCUGAGCCAAGGCUUAGAGGGAGCACUGAAGCCCUGCAUGUUUAAACCGCUCUCCCCCCAUGGGCCAGCAAUUAGUUCAUUUUAUAUCCUACACUUGCUAAAACGGCUCAUAUUUCUUGUAAAUAGUAACUCUAACAUCCUGCUUUGGUGGCGGCUUCAGCUCAGUUUGCUUUGGGUCAAGUUAUUGGUUAUUAGAGCUUCGACUCUUUAUAUUUGUCCCUUAUUAUGCUUGUGUUGCCGUUUUUGUGGCGUUUCAUUGCGUUCUGAAACUCGGACGUUUGUCUUUGGGUGAGCGUGACUCAAUGAUUUGAGUCAAAAAUGUCAGCAGACAUAAAAUUGUAUUCUCCUACUUUUUCACAUUUCAGCUCAACAAAAUGUUGACGCAGCGCCACAGAAACAGCCUUUUUGGAAAACUCAAGCUAUUGUUUUAAUUUUUUUAGAUUUAACCGCUUUGUGUUUAUAUAUUUUUUUGUUUCUCUCCGUUAUGUUGCGACUCUUUCACUCCUCCUGAGCUGUAAGGUGUUUGAACCGCUGCGGUUACUGCCACAAACGUCUGCUGUUUGUCAUUUAUUUGAAAUGUUGCCGUUCAUAUAUAUAAAGAUCUAAAUUACAACCGUUAUGUUUUAAAAACAGGUUUAUGUCUUCUGUAGCGUUGAAAAAUAUUAAGAUUCUAUUUUGGAAAUUGAAAUAAUUUUGAAAGACAUGUGAUUUAAAAUAAAAAAAGAAGUGUGUGUGAAUAAGGUACCAAGAACUGCUGAAAAAUAAAUUAGCUUAAAAUCAAA